AUGUUCACCGCAGCAGCAGCUCCUCUGCUGCUUUUGCUUCAAUUCGUCACACUCUCGUUGACCUCGGCGAUCCCAACCAUCUCCACCCGCGACAGCCACGAAUUCAUCCUCGAGCAACACCUCGGUAACCUCGCGCCUUACUUUGACGCCCCCAUCCCUGACCAUCUCUCUCUCGGCGUUCCCUCCGGCUGCCACGUCGACCAAGUCUCGCUCGUGCAUCGACACGGUUCCCGAGGGCCGAUCUCAGCCGAAAUCGGCACCAUCCAGAACCUCUCGUAUUACCUCAACAACCACACUGCACUGCUCACUUCCCCGGUCACUACUCCCCCUGCCAAGUUCGCCUUCUUGGCGCAGAACGGGGGCGGUUGGAACACCAACAACUUGAAGCAGGAUGCUCUGACCGCCGUGGGCAGGAGGCAGCUGUUCGAUCAUGGGGUGCGCAUGAAGUUGGACUAUCCCAAGCACAACACGACGCUCUUCUUGGCAGGUGAGCAGGACCGUGUCGUGGAGAGUGCUCAGUGGUUUGUUGCGGGCUACUUAGGCAGGGACUUUAACACUACGGGCAAGCUCAAUGUCAUCAGCGAGAGUGAGGGCGUCAAGAGCUACAUUACUCCCAUGGAGACGUGCCACAACUGGACCUACUCUUCCGGUGGCAAACUCGUCGCUGAGUGGGGGAAAGUCUACCUUCCACCCAUCGCCAAGCAGCUCAACGACGAGGUGAAAAGUGUAUGGCCAGGACUCAACUUUACCGCCGACAACGUCCACGGCAUGCUCUGGGCAUGCGCCUACGAGCUGGCCGCGCUCGGCUCUGUGAGCAAGAGCAACUGGUGCGGCGUCUUCUCGCCCACCCAUAUCAAGCACUUCGAAUACGAGCUCGAUCUGGUCAUGCGCGGAGCCUUCGGCUACAACCUGCCCACCAACUCCGGCCAGGUCAUGGGUUCUCUGUUUAUCUCCAACCUCACCCAGCGCCUCACUCAACCCGAACUGUUCAAGGAGCCAAACGGACAACAACGAAGCCUCUUCUUCGACUUUGCGCACGACACCACCGUGGAUCUCAUCCUCACCACUCUGGGUUUGGCCUACGACGAGUCCUACCCCGUCCGCGGCCCCGUCAACCCGGCUAGGCGCUGGAGGACGUCGUACCAGGUGCCCUUCGCCGCUCAGAUGGAGUGGAGGAAGGUGACCUGUCCCGGCUCAGCGAGGAAGGACAUGAUCCAGCUCCACAUGAACAAGGCUCCGUUUGAUUUGAAGCCCGUGUGCAAGACCGACAAGUUUGGAGGGUGCGACUUGCAGGAGUUCCUGGAUUCGGACCGGGUCAAGAAGGCCAAUGCGGUACAAGUGGGCGAUGCUGUUUGGAAUGCGGCUUGUGGGCAGGCUUAG